CAAGCAUCUCUGUACUCACCCUGCCUCAUUCUCCACUUCCCUCUACAAGUAUAGUACGUUUUCCAGGAGUCCUUAGUGUAAGUGGGUAAAGGAGGAAGCCACUCUGUGAGGCUGUGGUACAUUUAUUUUUCAAUUUCAAUUAAAGAUUAUCUGAGAAAAUAUCCAAGGAAAAGUAACUGCAGGACCAGCCCAAACUGCCCCUACUGUGUAGAUAACAGAAUGUCAAGUUAUCUUAGGUAUAAGAGAGCCAAAACUGCAAGUCAUAUAUUCUAGACAUGGCACAACAGAAAAAGCUUUGACCUCUAACGACAUCCAGAACCAACAUUUCCUCUUCGCAGAACCAAGAAGAUGAGGGAUAUGACAGGAAGCCAAAUGCUGGAAACAUCCCAAUAGCAAGGGGUCUGUUGGCUGGGAAAAUACAGUGCGCAAAUCCACCUCAACAAACCUUUCAGUAAGUGAUCAAAUUCAAAGCCCUCCAAUCAGACCCUGCCAAGCCAACAUUCCAAAUACUUUCCCUUGUCCCCCCACCCCUUAAAACUUGCCCCAGAGCCCAAAUAGGGGAGCUAUAUUUGAGCCACACCUCCUGUCUCCUUGCUAGUUGGCCUCACAACAAAGCCUUUCUUUUCUCAAAAGCAGGUGCCAUAAUAUUGGCCUCUGUGUGCAUCAGUGAGCCCACUGCAGAGUAACAGAAAUAUAUACCUAACUAUUAGCGACAAAAUAUAUGUAUGGGCGGGUUCUUAUCUUAAGGACCAUUAUGUCCUCCUGUGAAAACAUGGGGGUUGCAGGUACCAAACCUGUCCCUUAAAAACGUCAAUAAUUGGAGUAUAACCACCCUGGAAGGGAAGCUUAACAUGACUAGCUCCUUUGGGCUUCAGACGUCCCUGCAGUAAGAUCCUUUAGGUUAAAGGCUUCUGCUGAGCUCUGCACUGGGCUAGAAGAUAGGUGACAACCAUGCAAACUCCCGGGGAGAUAAGAAAGGUAUACAAAAAAGUAACAAGGCUAUGUUAACGAUUAUUAGGAACAUCCUGACCUUAGGCCUCCAAAGUUAACUGAUCAAGAGCAAAGAAGUUUCACAACCUCCUCAGGCCCUGGCUGAUGCCCAGAUGUCUGCAGUUCUAGGCUACCUCUCACAAUCCAAAUUCCACCCCCUUCCCCUUCCCUUAAGAGAAAAAUGAGCCUAAAGUUCACACUAACUUAAGGUGCUUCUUUGGGACAGUAGUCUGCCUGGUCUCAGUUUGCCAUUCGGAAUAAAAGUUGCUUUCCUUCGCCCCACACCUUGCCUCUGGACUCAUUGUCUUGAGGGCGAGUGGUAGGAGCUUUAACUCGGUUACAAUGGGAUUAGGUGAAAGUGGUGUUCAGCCAUGGAACCACAAUAGGCUCCCCCGUCUGUGACCUUUGGUAAGUCAUGGGACCUUUGGAUUUAUUUUCUGUAAAAUGGGAACGACCUGAGUCACCGAAAGAGUAAAUGAAAUAACGUAGUACUUUGAGAAGUACCAAAGCCAGCUCGCCCAGCGGGACGCGGAGGAGAGCAGCACGGGGCCAUCCCCAGCGCCUGGGCUCCCUCUGCCCGCAGCAAGACUCGUCCCCAUGGCAACCGCUCCCGCGUUCCCGGCCCGCCGCUACCCAGCCGCCAAGACCGGAAGCAGUUGCAAGGGGGCGCGUCCCGCGUUUCUCCUCGGCAGCCCUGGGUCCGUCCUUUCCCAGUCCAGAGGAGUGUUCAUAAGGAGAGCUCCACCUCUUUGAGGAUUUAAGCCUAGCAGUACUGGGCUAUUGCCAGUCAAAAUGUCUGCAAAAUUGAGAGAGUCAUCAACGCUUCUAACACAAACUUCAGAGGAGCCUGAUGGGAUUCUGAUAGUGAAGAUGGAAGAGGAAGAACAGGCCUGUGAUCUGGACUCUAGCCUCCACUGGAGCAGCUGCUACAACCCAGAGACAUUCCGGCAGCAGUUCAGGCCGUUUGGCUACCAGGAUUCACCUGGGCUUCAAGAGCCUCUGAGCUGGCUCAGGGAACUUUGUCAUCUCUGGCUAAGGCCAGAGGUUCACACCAAGGAGCAGAUUCUAGGGCUACUGGUGCUGGAGCAGUUCCUGGUCCUCCUUCUAGAAGCGCUGUAGGCCCGGGUGCAGAAGCAUCAUCCAAAGAGUGGAGAGGAAGCUGUGAGUCUGGAGGACGCGGAGAGAGAGCUGGAUGGGCCUGAACAGGUCUUCUUUUUUGAACAAAGAAAGGAUGUGAUUGCAGAGAAGCUUGCAGCUUGGGAAAUGACCGAGGAGUUGCCAAGUAGCCAGCCUAAGCCUGUGAAGAAGCAGCUGCAGUGGGCAUCAGGGGAAUUGCACUCCUUAAGACCAACCGAAAAAGACACCAAAAAUAUAAAUAUAAAAUCAGCUUCAAGGCAAAAGACUUCUUUAGGCAUAGAACUGCAUUAUGAUGUCGCUAGCACCCUUCAUAUAAAUGCCUCCCAGAGUUCUACACAUGGAGGAACCUGUGAACCAGAUGGCAGGUUUGAAAGAAGAAAGAAACAACAGUGUGAUGAAUGUGGAAGAAUCUUUAGUCAGAGCUCAGCCCUUAUUUUACAUUGGAGAAUCCAUAGUGGAGAGAGACCUUAUGCAUGUGAUGAGUGUGCAAAGGCCUUCAGCCAAAGUGCAAUUCUGAUUCAGCAUCGAAGAAUCCACACGGGGGAAAAACCCUACAAGUGUCAUGAAUGUGGCAAAGCCUUUAGUCAGAGCUCGAAUCUUUUUAAACAUAGGAAAAGACACAUUAGUGAAAAAGUCCCAUCAGUAUCAUGAGGGAAUCAAAGCAUUUACAUACAGUUUUCUUAGCAUGAAAGAAGAGAGAAGGGGAAAACACUUCUUUAGUAUAAAUCUGUGGUUUUAGUGGUCACUAGUCUCCUUUCAAGAGUCAUAAAAGCCACAGAAGAGAAUGUAGAAUAUCUCAUGUCACAUUAUUUUCUUUUCUGUUUAUAAAUGCAAUGCCAUUCAGAUGUUUGAGGUUCCAAAGUUUAAUUCAGAUUUCUAUUCCUAAGCAGCCCUUGAAAAGACAUUCUCAGACAUGUUCUAUUUCCAAUAUUAAUACAAAUAAUGAACUAGUAUAUUUCGUUUUAGAUAAGUAUUUUUUUCCCUGUUAAGAAGGAAUAUGUGAGUUACUCAGUGUAAAAAUAAAUAUUUUCCAUUUUAUAACUUGAGCACUAGUAUUCUAACAGCCAAAGAUUAAGGAAUUAAAAAAAAAAAUUCCUGGCCAGGUGUUACGGUUCAUUUCUGUAAUCCUAGCACUCUGGGAGGCC